AUGGAAUCUAUUGAGGCAUUUUUAUUGAGGCCAAGCCCAGCUCUUGCAGAUACUUUAUUAUCCCGCCUUUCAUUCCCCGAUAUAGCUCGAUUUUGCAAAUCAAGCAAGCUUAAAGGCUCUGAACUGCUUGAUAACUUACUCCCCUCUCCAUGAGUUAGCAAAUCCAUCAAAAUCCUAAAUUUUAAAUGAAUUGCCGUUUCUGGGCAAGGUAAAGAGCAAGCAUUUUUUACAUAAAUUUUUUUUGAAUAAAUUAUUUGGAUAAACGGUUGAUUGUUGUUAAUGAGAUUUCAAAAAAAUAAUAUAGUCAGUGUCACUAACUAUAUUAAGUUUUAGACACUUGCAUUCUUAAACAUAAACUAUAAUUAAAUAUUUCCAUUAAAAAUUGCAAUUUAAAAUUAAUAAUCUAUUACUUAAUUAGCCAGCAAAAAAUUAUUCUCAAAUGCAUGAAGAGUUAAGCAAAUUCAACAAACUUGAUAUCAUCAAUGAUUUCGGCAUUGAAGAAAUCUUUUCCCUUCUUCAAUCUCCUCAUCUUCGUAUUACCUUAAUUAAUUGCUUAUCUACACAAGAUGUUCAAGAACUAUUUUCUCAUCAAUUUAUUCUAACAAUGCUUAAUUUUAUAUCCCAAGAAGACUUAGGUUGUGCAAUUUCUGCUAAAAAUUUCAUUGUGAGAAAACUUAAUAGGUCAUUUUUAAAUGAUGAAGUCUUACAAUCAAUAAAAAAAUUGAUGGAAAGUGGGGACUCUACAAUUCAGCUAAUUCCCUCCAUUCAUUAGUUAAUGAGCACAACUAUUUGAAAAAUCCUCUUAUUUAUCAAAAAAACAAAUUUAUUUUUAUUAUUUUUAUAUAUAAUUAACGUCUACUAUAAUGAAUAAGAGCUAAUUUAUUUAAAUUUUAAAUAGUUAGCACUUUGGUACGAAUCCUAAAUUAAAUUACAUUCUUUAUUUUCAAACACGCAAAUGAUUUUGAACUUUUAAUAUGAAAUUUAUAUGUAUAUACACCCUUUUAUGGGCAAGAGAAAAUUUUGCUAAUACGCAGAUGGGGAGCAAGAUACAUUGAACUUGCAAUUGAAGCUGGAAAUAAAGACCCAGAAGUUUUUACUGCUCUUGCUAAUAUUGGGGUUUAUGAAGCAGCAAUUGAUAUGUUCACGAGCGAGGAUUUAUUGUCAAGACUAGCUUCUAUUGAAGUUGUAGCUGAAUUAGGAAACUCUGAGCAGGGAUGCAAAGUUUUAUUGAAAGAAAAAGUUCGGAAUAUGAUCCGUGAAAGUGUGGAAGAUGAUUAUAAUGAUAUUUAUACGAGAGCAAAGCUGCUUUUAUUAGCAUGCAAAAUAUAUUCUUAUAUAAUAGUUUACGAUGAAUAUCUCACUAAAGAGGAUUUUUUGGCACAUCAAAAUUAAAUUUGCAUGACUAAAAUGCUCUCAGGUGGGCUCCUCAUUGUAAGCUUGUAUACUGGAAAUGCUGAGCUUUUCCAAGGAAAAUUCUGAAAUAUAGUUGAAAUGGCAUUGCGAUCUACUGAUGAUACGAUGGUCAAUAAUGGACUUACAGGGAUUUCUAUCAUUGCUUCAAGGCCUAUAGGUGCAUCUUUAAUUGCUGAUCGAGCAGAAAUAAUUGCAGCCUUCGCGAGACUUCAAACCUCAGCCAAUAUAAAUUCCAAAACUGGAUUUUACCUUGUUUUCGCAGAAAUCGCGUCACAUUCAGACGAAGAAUCAAUCAGAAAAAUUCUUUCAAGCAUUUGAUGGACUGAUCCUAUAUUGAGAGAGCUAAGUGCCCCUUUCCAAGAGAUUUUAGUUAGUAUACUAAAAGCUGUGAAAGGAUUUUUAAGAUUCCCAUAUAUAGUGCAGCAGCUUUACAGUCAGCCAAAGUUUGCAGAAUUUAUGCUGAAGCGAACAAUGCAUGAUGGUCCGGAGUUAGUUUAUUUGAGAUAUGAAAUAAACCAAAAAGCUACUCAGCUAGAAUUAGAUGAUUUGUUGAAAGACAAAUUAAAUGAUUAUGUAAGAGAAGGAGUUUACCCUCAAAAUUCAGGAUUUAUUGAAGAAGCAAUUACAAAUGCAAAAUAA